CAUCUUCGUCAGGUUGUUUAGGAGUCUCUCCUUCGGUGUAAGCGAGCUCCGAAUUCUCUCUGCACAAAUUUGAUUGCGUGUUCGUUUUUAUGAAUCAGAUCGAUUAAACAACCCAAUAAUCUCAAUCAAUCAUCGAUAUCCCCAAAUUUCACAUAGUUCUUACAUAAUUCAAUUGAAAAUUUUGAAAUUAUUUACGUAAAAACAAGGAUUUCAAAGGAAAAUUAUGGAUAGCGGCCCUCUAUUCUACAAGGAGGGCUUGCCAACGACGAUACCUAAAACUGAGAAACAACGUGGGAGAUCAUCAUCGGCAUCAUCAAAAAAUUCUUCUAGACCUUCACUCCUCUUGGCUUUCUUCUCUUGUCUCGCGUGGCUUUACAUCGCCGGCAGGUUGUGGCAAGAUGCUGAGAACAGAACAUUAUUGUCUAAUCUGCUUGUAAAGAAUUCUGCCCAGAGACCGAAGGUUCUUACUGUUGAAGACAAGCUAAUGGUCCUAGGAUGCAAAGAUUUAGAGAGAAGAAUUGUGGAAGCUGAGAUGGAAAUAACACUAGCAAAGAGUCAAGGUUUCCUCGAGAACCAUUUGAAGCAGCCUGGGUCCUCUUCUAGCAAAAAGCUUCUCGCUGUGAUCGGCAUCUAUACUGGAUUUGGGGGUCGGCAAAAUAGAAAUGCAUUCCGAGGUUCUUGGACGCCUGGAGUUGAUUCAUUAAAGAAGCUUGAAGAAAGAGGAAUAGUCAUACGUUUUGUUAUUGGCCGGAGUCCCAAUCGUGGUGAUAGCUUGGAUCGCAAUAUUGAUGAGGAAAAUCGCACCACAAAGGAUUUCUUGAUUCUUGAUGGUCAUGAGGAGGCUGCUGAAGAAUCUCCUAAGAAAGCCAAGUUCUUCUUCAGUGCGGCUGUUCAAAAUUGGGAUGCUGAGUUUUAUGUAAAAGUCGAUAGCAAUAUACACCUUGAUCUCGAGGGGUUGAUUGAGCUUCUUGAAAGCCGUCGUGGUCAAGAUAGUCUGUAUAUUGGAUGCAUGAAAUCGGGAGUAGUAGUUUCUGAAGUGGGAAAGCAGUGGUAUGAACCUGAGUGGUGGAAGUUCGGUGAUGAGAAAUCGUACUUUCGGCAUGCAGCCGGCUCACUUAUUAUCCUAUCCCGAAAUUUUGCUAAUUACAUUAACAUUAACAGUGCAUCUCUGAAGACUUACGCUCAUGAAGAUACAUCAGUGGGUUCAUGGAUGAUGGGUAUACAAGCGACUUAUAUAGAUGACGGUCGUGUGUGCUGUAGCAGUUCUCGACAAGAUAAAGUGUGCUCUUUGGCUUGAUAAGAAGAACCGAUGAUCCAUCCAACUUCAUACAAAUCUCGAUUGUCAAGAAUCUUGCUGGCAUCUAUGUCCGUUAGGUGGUUUCUCACUUAGUUAGAUGUAAAGAAAAGCUUAGAGAAUCAAAUUUUUAGCCAUCAUUUUUCCAGAAAAAGAAGGUUCUUUUCUUUU